GUGAGCUAAGAGACAAGCAGGCUCUUUGAGGAGAGAGAAGCUCUUGGCUGAUUGAGCAGCUCCACGGACAGUAAAGUUUCUCACUGCAAAGCAAACGAAAUUGCUUCCUGGCCAUCUGUUCCCCGCUCAGAAGCACUUUUCUGUACGGGAGGCAUCUCGAAUACGUCGCAGGAUUGAUUUGCGGUUUUGCAGUAAUGCAAGAUGUCCUUCGAGGGAGCCAGGCUCAGCAUGAGGAGCCGCAGAAAUGGUACUAUGGGCAGCACCCGGACCCUGUACUCCAGUGUAUCUCGGAGCACAGACGUGUCCUACAGUGACAGUGACUUGGUGAAUUUUAUUCAGGCAAAUUUUAAAAAACGAGAAUGUGUCUUCUUUACCAGAGACUCCAAGGCCAUGGAGAGCAUAUGCAAGUGUGGUUAUGCCCAGAGCCAGCACAUCGAAGGCACCCAGAUCAACCAAAAUGAGAAGUGGAACUACAAAAAACAUACCAAGGAGUUUCCAACAGACGCCUUCGGGGACAUUCAGUUUGAGACUCUGGGGAAGAAAGGCAAGUACUUACGCUUGUCCUGUGACACCGACUCUGAAACCCUCUACGAACUGCUGACCCAGCACUGGCACCUCAAAACACCCAACCUGGUCAUUUCAGUGACGGGUGGAGCUAAAAACUUCGCUUUGAAGCCACGCAUGCGCAAGAUCUUCAGCAGGCUGAUUUACAUCGCACAGUCUAAAGGUGCGUGGAUUCUCACUGGAGGCACUCACUACGGUCUGAUGAAGUACAUAGGCGAGGUGGUGAGAGACAACACCAUCAGCAGGAACUCAGAAGAGAACAUCGUGGCCAUUGGCAUCGCAGCAUGGGGCAUGGUCUCCAACAGGGACACCCUCAUCAGGAACUGUGAUGAUGAGGUACAGUCACAAGAGGAAGCAUACAACAAAGACACGUUCUCUAACUUCAGUAGGGUCAUAAUCAUGUCAGCCUAUAUCUCAAAGACAAGUAAGUGUCCCUGUGCCUUGCAGGGACAUUUUUCAGCUCAAUACAUCAUGGAUGACUUCACCAGAGACCCUCUAUACAUCCUGGACAACAACCAUACCCACCUGCUGCUUGUGGACAACGGUUGUCAUGGACACCCCACAGUGGAAGCCAAGCUCCGGAACCAGCUGGAAAAGUACAUCUCUGAGCGCACCAGUCAAGAUUCCAACUAUGGUGGUAAGAUCCCCAUUGUGUGUUUUGCCCAAGGAGGUGGAAGAGAGACUCUGAAAGCCAUCAACACCUCCGUCAAAAGCAAGAUCCCCUGUGUGGUGGUGGAAGGCUCGGGGCAGAUUGCUGACGUGAUCGCCAGCCUGGUGGAGGUGGAGGAUGUUUUAACCUCUUCCAUGGUCAAAGAGAAGCUGGUACGCUUUUUACCACGCACUGUGUCCCGGCUGCCUGAAGAGGAGAUUGAGAGCUGGAUCAAAUGGCUCAAAGAAAUUCUUGAGAGUUCUCACCUACUCACAGUAAUUAAAAUGGAAGAGGCUGGAGAUGAGAUUGUGAGCAACGCCAUUUCCUAUGCGCUGUACAAAGCCUUCAGCACGAAUGAGCAAGACAAGGACAACUGGAAUGGACAGCUGAAGCUUCUGCUGGAGUGGAACCAACUGGACCUUGCCAGUGAUGAGAUCUUCACCAAUGACCGCCGCUGGGAGUCCGCCGACCUUCAGGAGGUCAUGUUCACCGCCCUCAUAAAGGACAGGCCCAAGUUUGUCCGCCUCUUUCUGGAGAAUGGCCUGAACCUGCAGAAGUUUCUCACCAAUGAAGUCCUCACAGAGCUCUUCUCCACCCACUUCAGCACCCUAGUGUACCGGAACCUGCAGAUCGCCAAGAACUCCUACAACGACGCACUCCUCACCUUUGUCUGGAAGUUGGUGGCAAACUUCCGUCGAAGCUUCUGGAAAGAAGACAGAAGCAGCAGGGAGGACUUGGAUGUGGAACUCCACGAUGCAUCUCUCACCACCCGGCACCCGCUGCAAGCUCUCUUCAUCUGGGCCAUUCUUCAGAACAAGAAGGAACUCUCCAAGGUCAUUUGGGAGCAGACCAAAGGCUGUACUCUGGCAGCCUUGGGGGCCAGCAAGCUUCUGAAGACCCUGGCCAAAGUUAAGAAUGAUAUCAACGCUGCUGGGGAAUCGGAGGAACUGGCCAAUGAAUAUGAGACCCGAGCAGUGGAGUUGUUCACCGAGUGUUACAGCAGUGAUGAAGACUUGGCAGAACAGCUACUGGUCUACUCCUGUGAAGCCUGGGGUGGGAGCAACUGUCUGGAGCUGGCAGUGGAGGCUACAGAUCAGCAUUUCAUCGCUCAGCCUGGGGUCCAGAAUUUCCUUUCUAAGCAAUGGUAUGGAGAGAUUUCCCGAGACACGAAGAACUGGAAGAUUAUCCUGUGUCUAUUCAUCAUCCCCUUAGUGGGCUGUGGCCUCGUAUCAUUUAGGAAGAAACCCAUUGACAAGCACAAGAAGCUGCUGUGGUACUAUGUGGCCUUCUUCACGUCACCCUUCGUGGUCUUCUCCUGGAAUGUGGUCUUCUACAUCGCCUUCCUCCUGCUGUUUGCCUAUGUGCUGCUCAUGGACUUCCACUCGGUGCCACACACCCCCGAGCUGAUCCUCUACGCCCUGGUCUUUGUCCUCUUCUGUGAUGAAGUGAGGCAGUGGUACAUGAACGGAGUGAAUUAUUUCACUGACCUAUGGAACGUUAUGGAUACCCUGGGACUCUUCUACUUCAUAGCGGGUAUUGUAUUCCGGCUCCACUCUUCUAAUAAAAGCUCAUUGUACUCUGGGCGCGUCAUUUUCUGUCUGGAUUACAUUAUAUUCACACUAAGGCUCAUCCACAUUUUCACCGUCAGCAGGAACUUGGGACCCAAGAUUAUAAUGCUGCAGCGGAUGCUGAUCGACGUUUUCUUCUUCCUGUUCCUCUUUGCUGUGUGGAUGGUGGCCUUUGGCGUGGCCAGACAGGGGAUCCUAAGGCAAAACGAACAGCGCUGGAGGUGGAUCUUCCGCUCUGUCAUCUAUGAGCCCUACCUGGCCAUGUUUGGCCAGGUUCCCAGUGAUGUGGAUAGUACCACAUAUGACUUCUCCCACUGUACCUUCUCGGGAAAUGAGUCCAAGCCACUGUGUGUGGAGCUGGAUGAGCACAACCUGCCCCGCUUCCCUGAAUGGAUCACCAUUCCACUGGUGUGCAUCUACAUGCUCUCCACCAAUAUCCUUCUGGUCAACCUCCUGGUCGCCAUGUUUGGCUACACGGUAGGCAUUGUGCAGGAGAACAACGACCAGGUCUGGAAAUUCCAGCGGUACUUCCUGGUGCAGGAGUACUGCAACCGCCUAAACAUCCCCUUCCCCUUCGUCGUCUUCGCUUAUUUCUACAUGGUGGUGAAGAAGUGUUUCAAAUGCUGCUGUAAAGAGAAGAAUAUGGAGUCUAAUGCCUGCUGUUUCAGAAAUGAGGACAAUGAGACUUUGGCGUGGGAGGGUGUCAUGAAGGAGAAUUACCUUGUCAAGAUCAACACGAAAGCCAACGACAACUCAGAGGAGAUGAGGCAUCGGUUUAGACAACUGGACUCAAAGCUUAACGAUCUCAAAAGUCUUCUGAAAGAGAUUGCUAAUAACAUCAAAUAAGGCCUGCGAAUGCUUGUGGGGAGAAACCAAAUCACAAUGAGGUCACAUCAACCACCUGGAUGUGGAGGCUCGUGGGACACUGAUGGACAGUACUGCUAAUGACUUCUAAAGGAGACAUUUUCAGGUCCCUGAGCACAGGGUGAAUGACUCUUAGUCACCCUCAAGGGCAUAGAUCAGGGAGCAAAGUGUACAGAGGACUUUACACGCGAAGAGGGUGCAAAGGACCAUGUUCCUCUGUGAAGGUGCCUGUGUUUUCUGCAUCUCAGAGCCUUGUCCUGAUGCUGAGGGAUUAAGUGUUGACACUCCUUUCCCACGACUGUGACUCUGGCCCUGAUUUUAUACUUAUACUGCUAUUGUGUCUAUUUCCCACAGUCUCCUUUUCUCCAGUGUGUGAUGAAUUCGUCGACACACUGUCAAAGAGUCCUAGCCCACCCCAAAGAAAAAUAAGGCCAGAUUCUAAAACACCUAAGGGCAACCUCUCCUUUCUCACAUGUCAAACAGGGGCGGGGAGGGGAACCCUGAGGCAGUGACUUCUUUCUCUGGGGCUCACCAGGACUCCUGCUGAAGGGACCAGCUGAAGGGACCGCCCAAAAGGAAUUCUUGAGAGGUGUACCUUGCUUCCCCACCCCCACCCCUGGAGUGUGCCCCUCCUCCACUCUUUCAUUAUUUCCCCAUUAAAAAUAGUGAAUGGAUCUCACAGGAGGUUAGAGGACAUAGAGGACACAAAUGUAUGUAAACCCCUCCCAGUCAUGUAGUCGUUGCUCACACUUCUGAGUGUUUGCUCAAUUCCAGUCUUUUCUAUGCAUGCACUUUUAACAACCUUAUAUGACAUCACCUUCACAUACAGUUUUCUAUAGGCUUUUCCAUCAACUAUUUUACCUGAGAUGUUUUCUUCACAGUCUUUACAAGCAUUAUCAGUAACUCAGUAGUAUUCAAACCUCUAGCAAUUUCCAUACUGUAGGUCGCUGAUAGCUGGCUCCACCUGGCCAUUGAAAUGAAUGUCUCUGUGCACGUCUUCUCUUUGCAUUAAGAACAUCAAGAAAUCGCCUAUGUAGAGUAUUAGAUUCUUUGGAAUAUCUGUUGAUUAUCAAACCGCUUGCAAGGCUUUUUUCAUCAAUGUAUAGCAAAAUAGGCUUUAGUAACUUAUGCAUAAGACAUAAGCUACAUGGCGCUCUCUCUAGUAAGACAUAUUCGACUUAACUUUCACUUUAGGAAGAAGACAACACUCUUGUUUAGGCAUUGUGGAGCAUGUGGGUGUUGGUACAGACAUUGAAUGAUUGUCUGCCUGAACACUCACUCCAGCCCUACCCUUCUCUGGAGCUGUGGUAUCUGUGCUCAAAAGAGCUUGGCAGAGGGAGCAUAAGGCCGCUUUAAGUAUUAAAAGUGAAAAGUUUUUCAACUUUUUCAUAAACCAUACACUCAGCAACUGAAGGAGCGACCCUCAGCAGGAAGC